AUGGACCUUGCCGUGGCGGAGAUGGAGCUCGACGGCGAGGACGAGGGCGGAGGCAACGAUGCUGAGACGCAGGUGGAGUAUUUGGGAUAUGUGAUCUCUAGUGCUGGAGUUAGCACUGAUCCCAAGAAGAAAUCAGCUAUGUUAUCGUGGCCUAGACUAGGGAAUGUCAGAUCGCUGAGGGGAUUCCUGGAAUUGACCGGCUACUAUAGGUGUUUCGUAAGGAAUUAUAGAGUGAUAAGCAAACCAUUAUUUGACCUAUUGAAGAAGGAUAGCUUUAAGUGGGAUGAAGGAGCAGAAGCUGCAUUCGGGGGUCUUAAACAGGCCAUGAGUGAGGUUCCUAUGCUCGGCAUCCCUGACUUCAACAAACCAUUUACCUUGGAGACGAAUGCAAGUGGAACAAGAGUGGGGGUUGUUCUAUCUCAAGAUGGCUAA